AAUUUCAUUUGUAGUGGUUCUGCCAUUUGCAGAAGCUGAGAAAAAUGGCUGCAACUAGGUCUACGUUUCUGGGUUCCAUCUUCAGAAUCGCUAAUGCUCGAAGUUUAAUCUCACCCGAAACCAAACUCUCCUUCCCAAACCCUAAUUUCAAUUUCUCGCGCUUCCACACUUCUUCUCUUCUUCAGGCUCGAUUCGAAGGUUACAUUUCGAGAAGUUUUCAUAGUAUUAUUGCUUCCACUUGCUUUGGCUCUACACUCACAUCUCGUCAAGGUCGAUAUAUACUAUACUCAACAACAGUCCCAACUCGUUCUCUUAGAAGAAGAAUCAGCAAAAGAAACAACCCAAAACCCGUUCUUGAUCAAUCUAAGUUUCAAGAAACUAUCUCAAAGCUCCCACCAAGAUUCACCCCUGAAGAGCUUUCCGAUGCUAUGACCCUCCAAGAAGACCCUUUACUGUGUUUCCACCUCUUUAACUGGGCAUCACAGCAACCAAGAUUCAAACACGAGAACUGCUCUUACCACACAGCGAUAAGAAAGCUUGGAGCCGCCAAAAUGUACAAAGAAAUGGACGAUGUCGUGAACCAGGUGCUCUCUGUUCGUCACGUAGGCAACGAGAAUCUCUACAACUCCAUCGUCUUCUAUUUCACCAGAGCCGGGAAGCUGAUACGUGCCGUGAACAUAUUCAGACACAUGACCACUAGCAAGAACUUGGAGUGUAGACCGACGAUUAGAACGUAUCAUAUCCUCUUCAAAGCGUUGUUGUGUCGAGGUAACAACUCUUACACGAGCCACAUGUAUAUGGAGACGAUAAGGUCUUUGUUUAGACAAAUGGUGAAUAACGGGAUCGAACCAGACGUGUUUGCUUUAAACUGUUUGGUUAAAGGCUAUGUGCUCUCGCUUCAUGUAAACGAUGCGCUUAGGAUAUUUCAUCAGAUGAGUGUGGUUUACAGUUGCGAGCCGAAUUCGUUUACUUAUGAUUAUUUGAUACAUGGGUUAUGUGCACAAGGCAGGACUACUAAUGCUAGAGAGUUGUUUGGUGAGAUGAAAGGGAAAGGUUUUGUUCCUAAUGGCAAGUCUUAUAACUCUCUUGUUAAUGCUUUUGCGCUUAAUGGCGAGAUCGAUAAUGCUGUGAGUUGUUUGUGGGAGAUGGUUGAGAUUGGUCGUGUGGUUGAUUUCAUUACUUGUAGAACACUCGUUGAUGAGAGUUGCAGGAAAGGGAAGCUUAAUGAAGCGAAGAGAUUGUUGGAGAUGAUGAGAGAGAGAAAGGUUGUGGAUAGAGAUUCGUAUGAGAAGUUUGUGAGUGUUCUUCACAAGGAUUUGUAGAAUUUAUGUACAAAUGGGGUUUUCUAGUUAAUUUGUUGUAUAAUUUUUGAAAAUUUUGGUGAAGCAUUUUUUUUUUCUU